UCUCAUUUGACAUCAUCAACAUUGAAAUUAAAUUAAACAAGAGCAGUACGAGUUUGAUUGCGAUUUCGAUUCACCGAUUAAUUAUUGGUGAAAUUCAAAGCGCAGCAAUACCAAAAAAUAAAUAAAUAGUCCAUGCAAUUAAGAAGGACGCGAAGCGGCGCGUUUUAUUUUACAUAAACAAUGAUCAACAGUUUUAGUGUGGCAGGUACGGGCGUAAGUGCUGCGGCUGCUGCUGCGACUAAGCUACAUUUCAAUUGCAACAACAAGAACAAUAAUAACAACAACAACAGUAGUAAAAUUAUGCCAGCAGCAACAAAUGAGCACAAAAGUCACAAUUUAAUCAACAGUGCCACCACAGCAACAACAGCAGGAGCAGCAGCAACAAUAACAACAAUUACAACGACAGCUGCAGCAACAACUACCACUCCGAAGAAGUUUAAAAUAACAUACAACGAAGUUGAUACAAAGCAUUAUUUAAUGAAUUUACCACAUUAUUUAAUGGCGUAUCCACAGCACCAGCAGCAGCAACAAGAGCAGCAGCAACAAAAGCGAAACGCCGUACUCAUUUUGCCUGGCAAAGCAAAUACCUCAUCAACAAUCACCAAAGAUUCGCAGUUAAAACAUGUCAAUCUACAGUCCAACAGCAACAACAACAUGCAGCAAAAGAUUGCAACAACAACAACAGCAUUAGCCAAAAGUGUCUUAGAUGGCUGGACAAUGCCACAGCAGCAACAACAACAACAACCACAAAGAACUGAAGACCAAGAAAAUGCCUUUCGUCAAAUCGAAGAUGUGCAUAAUUAUGCCAAGCUGCAGCAUCAGCAACAGUAUCAUCACAAUCAUCACCAGCCACAACAUCCGCAUCUGCACAGUAGCAGCAGCGAUGAACUGGAAGAUGAUGAAGAGGAAGAUUUCGAUGAUGCUGAUGACGAUGAAGAUGACGGGGAGGGUGCGCGCGUGGAUCAGAUAGCGAAAGUGCAUAAGUUAAGGAAGCAAAGCCGUGUAAAUGUGCCUAAUAAUCUAAAUGAUGACGAUUCCGAGGAGCAUGUGGAAGUGGAUGUUGUAACUGUAACACCAACAUCAACUGCAGCCACGACAGUCGCAGCAGUGGCUGCAACAGCAACAGGAGCAACAACAGUAGCAGCGGCAUCAGCAGUAGAGGAACAGGAAUCGGAGCAGCAACAGUUGCCAUCAAAGGCCGAUCAAGAUAAUCUGCGACCAGCGCAUCAUGCACGUCGACCCAUGAACGCAUUUCUUAUAUUUUGUAAAAGGCAUCGCGCCAUUGUCAAGGAGCGCUACAAGUCAUUGGAAAAUCGGGCAAUUACGAAAAUACUUGGUGACUGGUGGGCCGCAUUGGAUGAGCAUGAGAAGCAGUGCUUUACCGAUCUGGCGCAACAGAAUAAAGAUGCCUUCUUCAAUGCCAAUCCUAAUUUUAAAUGGUACAAACUGCCCGCUCCGCCAUUGCGUACGCUAGCCACACGUCCCAGCAAUGCGGCAAGUGGACAUCCAAAUGAGGAGCAGCAGCAACAACAACAACAACAGCAGCAGCAGCCGCCUCUUCACUGGCAGCCCACGGAAGUAGCACACAUGUUGCGUCGCGAUCUAUUCAAGUUCGCAGAUGAGACUCAAAUGGGCGAGCUGAGCGCUUUGCUGAGCAGCAAUACGAGCAAUGUUCAGGAUAAGGAUUAUGAGCUGCAGCAGGCGCUCAGCGAAACGACGCAGUUCAUGAGCGCGCAUAUGCCCGGCAACAACAAUAAUAAUAACAACAACAAUAGCAACAUUAAUAUUAACAGUAAACGUUCAGCGGAUAGCACGAGCAAUUCGAGCGAGGAAGAGGAUCGAAGCGCAGGCAUACCCUCCAAGAAGCUGAAAUCGUCACGCAGCUGCAAGGGCAAAAUCUAUCAGGAGCUAUUCAAUUCGGGCCAACUGGCGGCUAUAGCCAAGAAGAGCAAAUGUCGUUUGAACAGCGGCGGCAGCAACAAUAGCAACAGUAACAGCAAUAGCAACAGCAUCACCGAUGGCAACAGCAACACGCCGCCUAUAUCACCAACAACUGCAGCAACAGCAGCAACAGUUACAGCUGAUGGCCAACUGUUGCAGCUGGAUGGAACAAUGCGUGGCACGUCCAACAGGCACGCCAAUUGCGAUGCCCAAGAGUUUGAUUUAGAGGAGAAGAUCAAGGAGCUGCCAGCUCUUAGCCUGGAUGCGUAUUUGCAGCGCAAGAGAAGCACCAAAAAGAAGAAGAAAUUCAGCAGCAGCAAAAAACAGCGCAACAGCAACAGUAGCAGCAACCACAGCAACAGCACACCACCAGCAGCAACAACAGCUGGCACUGCAACAGGAGCGACAGCAACAGCUGCAGCUGCAACAGUUGGCAUGGCGGCAGCAACAACAGCAGCAGCAGCAGCUGCUGCUGCUGUGGGCAGCCAGAAGAGAAAAGCUCGCAAGGAGAGCAUUACGCGUCGCGAUGUCAGCGCCAUCGAGCAGGAGGUGGCCUCCAUAUUGCCGCUGACCAUCAAUGGCUGUUAUUACUUUAAUCAAACGCGUGCCCAGCCCGCAACAACAACUGCAGCGGCAACUGUGUCAUCAGCAAUGCCAACUGUAGCAACAGCAGCAACAACAACUGUUGCCGCCUCGCCACUGUCCUCGUCUUCGUCGUCAACAUUUUCUGCUUAUGAGCAGAUCGGCUACGAUGUGACCACUACCUCAGAUCUACUCAUCCUGGCCGAAGUGGCCGCCCAUCGCACAGAGCUGACCAAAAUCAACUAGCAGCAGUAACUACUGUAGAAGCAGAGCAACAGAUGUAGCAGCAAC